UGCUGGCACUUUACACAGUCUUGGGUGGUGGUGACGACUGGAAAUCGCUUGGACGGGAGGGGAAACCAUCCCUGGGGUGAGAACUCACUGCAGGGAUGGCAAAUCCCCACUGGGACGGGCAGACCCUUGGCAAGGAAGAGCACUGGGCUGCCAAAUGCCCAUCGGGAUGGUCACUGAUCAUCGGGAUGGGAAACAACUGGCAUGGGAAGGAUGUUUGGGUACGAAAAGUCAAACCAUCGCAAGCCUGGGGGAAAGGGGCUGACCCCAACGGUCACGGAACCCCCCUGGGGGGAGGGGCUCCCCCAACUGCCACUCUCCAGCUGUCAUGGCAGAGAGAUUCCCUCGACGAGUGCUGACGGUGCCUCUGACACCCGACGCCAUUUACGUUGAAGCGACUGUGCCGCCACCGGACCCUGCCUGGAUGCAGCCCACCGUCCGCGGACCGAUGCCGGUACCACCCCAACCCUCCCCUGUCCCCACUGCCACCUACCUGGCACCUCAGGCCUCUGUCUGGCCUGGGGGACCAGGUGUCUGGGGACAGGCAGCACAGCUCCCACCUGGGGGGCUGCCCCCAACCCCGGCUCAGCUGCCACCUGGGGGCCUGACCCCAGCUGCGGGGCUGCACUUACCGGUGCUGCUGCUCCUACCUGGGGGGCUGCACCCAGCUGUGGCUCCCCCCACCGCCCCUGCUCCCUGCUCGGGACAUCCCCUGCUGGCAGGGACGCUGCUGCCCCAGCAGCCCAUGGGGCUGUGGCCUGGGGCCGUGCUCCUCCAUGAGGAGCCCCCGCAGCCCGCAGGCACCUGCCUGCCGCAGGCCCCC